ACCUCUGUCUCCCUUGCUCACUCCCUCUUCUCGCCUUGCCCUCUGUCACUCCGAGCGGAAGCACACACACAAAAACCAGUGUGCCCAAUUGGAUGCCAUAUAAGGAGCGCCCUGCUCAGUCUUGAUGAGUAAGGACAGCAAAGUUAACCUUAUUUAAUUAACAGGAAACAUCACUUCAUCCACUCCUGACUUCUACCUCUUCAAACUAUUAGUGGCUACGAUUUUCUACACAUAUUUUCGGUCAUUUUCUUUUUUUCAUGAUGAUUCAUUUAUCAGUUUUGCAUCCAUCCUCAAAGCCACCAUUUUUUCUUAGGCUUUUUCGCAAGAAAACACUGAUUCCUGACUUUUCCUGCUAAAGUUUUCAGAGAAAUUGUUUCCACUGCCAAGGAGACUUUUUAGGUUUAAACGUUUUCUUCUACUUAUCUAUCACACUUUUUUGUUAGUUCUGACCACAGUUGAUUUCUUUUUUCAGUUUAUCUUUCUACCUCUGUCUUCCUCUGCUUCCAAGUCCUUUCUGUCGAUACAUUUGUAUCUUUACGGGCACAAACUGAGAAUACAAACAGUUUUCUGUUUUGUUUUUUUUGUGCUAAAUUUAUACCAUCUCCAUCGAGGGCAAAACUCAAAGCAAGCUUCGCUGCCAAACUAAAUCCCACUCGGCUGUCCCAAUUGUUAUUGUUACUUUGUCACAACAUGUGGUCUACCUUUUUGGUGACCGAUGAGGAGGGCCGCACUGUGGGUCCGGCGGCGGCAGGAACGGUAGGGGGAGCACUGGGAGGAGCAGCACCAGGUGCAGGAGGUCUGACCAACCUGAUGACUGGGCGCAGUACAUUUGGGGGGAACAAGCGCCGCAAGAAGACGUCAACAGGACACACCAUGAGUGAGGCACAGGAAGGAAAGAUCAAGUUGGCAUUCUUCGUGGCCAUUGUGGGCGUAGUCCUGACAAUCCUUGGGGUGGGGACAGAGUUCUGGGUGGAGCUGUCACCUCCCAAGAGUUUCUAUAACAACCAGACAUGUCUGACAGCUCACUACGGCCUGUGGAAAGGCUGCACCAAGUCGUUGUGGGUGGCUGAUAUCGACCCAGAGAGAGAGAGCUGUGGACCUGCUGAUCUACCAGGAGAAUCAAACUGCACCUACUUCAAGUUUUUCACCACAGGGGAAAAUACUGUGAUGUUUCAGAAGACAACGCGAAAGAAUCUGAAUGUAGCGGCAGCCAUGUUGACCCUGUUCAGCCUGUUCCUGAUGGUGAUGGGGGCAAUAUGCAUUAUCAUGUCUCUCAGUAAAGAGAUCAUAUUCUUCCUCAAGCCAGCGUCCGUCUGCUUUUUUCUGUCAGGUGUCAUGGUGCUUCUUUCUCUGAUGGUUUUCCACCAGUCUGUCCUGGCCUUACUGGCCAGCGACCACACGGUUCCUCUCCACCACGAGCUCUCCUGGUCAGUGACGUGCAUUGGCUGUGCAGGGGCUGUCCUCAUCAUGGGCGGGAUCCUCUUCCUACUACUGGCGUUGCCCUACAGCCCAUGGCAGAGGUGUCUCCCUCAAAAGGACAGCAGCAGCUAGUGGCCCAGAGGUGGUGUUGCACUUUAUCUGCCCUUUCUGUUUGUGAGGAGAGAGGGGUGCAGAUGUUUCCCAAAGACAUCUUAGCAUUGAGAUUAUGGGAGGGUGAUGAAAGAUUCACUGACAUGUCCCAUAUACAGAAAACUACCUGUCUAUCUUGCCAUUACAAGAGUCUUGUUAAGUAUGGAAUUUUUUUUUUUCAUUGUUUCCUAGCAUGCCAUUCUGGAUCUCUGACAGUUGAUAAGUUAUAACUUAUUAACUUAUUGAUUUAAUAUUGUUGAAGUUUAUCCUGUUCACAGUUAUGUGCUAAAUCUGCAAUGCCAUGUUACAGUGAAAUGUCCCUUUUAGUGUCAAAUAUGGUGAUCUUAAUGCUCAGAUGUGUUUGGAAAACAGUCAUAUAUUGUCUUACUAAUCAUCCUGCAGGGUUUGGAGACUAGUACAAUUUUCUGUUGGGUCAUUCAAUAAAUUAAUGAGCCAAAUUAAAAAAAUAUGAAACAAACAAUACUUAACAAAAACACAGUUUUAGACAGUAUGGCAGGUAAAAGAAGUGAUUUAAGCAAACGGUUUAAAUGUUACUCAUUUGCAGGAGGGCUAGUUAACAUAUGUUCACAUAUGGCUAACAUGAAUGCGAAGAUGACAUAUUGAUAAAUGUUGGCUUGUUAAUUUAUCCACCCUUAUUUAAAGAGUACAUUAAUUAUUAAUGCUGGUAAUUCAAACCAUUAACUAAUUAAUGUUUAUUUCCAUUGAUUGUCUGUGGGCUCAAGGUGCAAACAGUAGGCCUACAGUUGACUGAAUCCCCAAGUUAAAGAACUAUUCAAAGAUAAAAUUUUCAGAUGACACAUUUUUUUGUGUCUAUUCUGGGAAAGUUCAUGCCCACAAAUGGACAGCAUCUUAAUCACAUUAUUUGGAGUGUGCACAAAAAAUAACUUUAAAACAAAAUGAACUUAAAUGCUGUAGUCACUGUAGAUCAUUUACUGUAGCUGGGAUUGAAUUACCUUCAUCUUCUUGGAUCACAGCCAUCUGUCUGCUCAGGUAACAAGAUGACCAUCAACACCUUUCAAAAAAGAUCUACUCUGAAUGAACGUAACAGAAUGUUGACCUCCAAUUUGAGAACCUCGUUUAAGAAAACUUGUUUUGUUUCUCAGUGAUGUGUGAAAAAAGCAAUAUUUUGUUUGUCCUCAAAUGCCUUCCUAUCUGAAGAGCCGCCUUUCUACUGUCUAAGUUGGAUGUUUUGUUGUUCAUCAAUUAACAAUAAGAUAGACAUUAAUUAGAUAUACAUUACCUGAAUAUUCAUGUGACAGUGUUUUAAUUUUGUAGUGGUACAAAUGAAUUCAAAUAUUUCAGAUUGUCUAAUUUCAUUAAUUUCACGCUAUAUUUAUUACGUGUGUCUGGUCAUACAUUAUGUAGGUGACAGUAUACAGUAUAGGUAAUAUUUAAAAAUAUAAAGUGUAAUUUGGGUAGUUUGUAGAUGCAAUUAGAAAACAUUGUAAAGAUAUUAAGUGGAGUAGAAGCUAGACAGUGUAAAAUCAGCUUAAGCUGUGAGAUGCUACUGUUUCUUUUCCUCAGUGUUUUUCUUGGAAGAUUUAUGUUAGAACAAAGUUCUUUUGUGUGCCUGAAUGGAAGGUGAACCGUCUCUGCAAGUUUUUUGAACUGAGCCGACUGAGUAUGAAUGACUUCAUUUUAUUAUUAAACAUGACAUGAAUAUUUAA